AUGACGACAGUGCGAAUCUGCGUGUGUGGCGACGAGGGCACCGGCAAGUCCAGCCUCAUUGCGUCGCUGGUUAAGGACGUAUUCGUUGCCAACAAGAUCCAGCCGGUCCUCCCUCAGAUCACGAUCCCGCCCAACAUCGGAACCCCCGACAAUGUCGUCACCACCAUCGUCGAUACCUCGGCCCGGCCGCAGGACCGCACCACGCUGCGCAAGGAGAUCCGCAAGUCCAACGUCAUACUGCUGGUCUACUCGGACCACUACAGCUACGAACGCGUGGCCCUGUUUUGGAUGCCUUACUUCCGCUCCCUCGGCGUUAAUGUCCCCGUGGUGUUGUGCGCGAACAAGUCGGACCUGGCCGGUGAGGGGGGCUUUGUCCAGGUCGCCGACGAGGAGAUGCUGCCCGUCAUGACCGAGUUCCGCGAGAUCGAUUCGUGCGUCCGCUCCAGCGCCAAGGAGCACCGCAACGUUGUCGAAGCCUUCUUUCUCUGCCAGAAGGCUGUCACACACCCCAUCGCCCCGCUCUUUGACUACAAGGAGGGCAAGCUGAAGCCUGCGUGCAUCGAUGCCCUCAGGCGCAUAUUUUAUCUGAGCGAUAAGGACCAGGAUGGCUACCUUAGCGACCAAGAGAUGCAUGAGUUCCAGGCAAAGUCGUUUGACAAGCCGCUGUUGCCUGAGGAGCUGGAGAAUAUCAAGACAACCAUCGCCAAGGCCAUCCCUAGCUCUUUCAUCGAGAAAGGCAUUGACCAGCAAGGCUUUCUGCUGCUGAACAAGCUCUACGCGGAAAAAGGCCGACACGAGACGAUCUGGACCAUCCUACGGCACCAUCAUUACACCGACAGUCUGAGCCUCCACGACAGCUUUCUGCGCCCCAAAUUUGACGUGCCGGAAUAUGCGUCGGCCGAGCUUAGUCCGGCCGGCUAUCGAUUCUUUGUGGACUUGUUUCUCCUGUUCGACAAAGACAACGAUGGCGGCUUGAACGACCAUGAGCUCGCCGCGCUUUUUGCGCCUACCCCAGGGCUACCAGCGUCAUGGCAAGAAACCUCGUUCCCAUCUUCCACUGUCAGAAACGAGGCGGGACAUAUAACUCUGCAGGGCUGGCUAGCGCAAUGGAGUAUGACGACAUUCGUCGAGCCCAAGACCACGUUGGAGUAUCUCGCGUACUUAGGCUUUGAGCCUCCCAACCCGAGGGACGCCAUCACGGCAGCCCUCAAGAUAACCAAGGCCCGCAAACGAAGGAGGAAACCGGGCAGGGUGGAGCGCAACGUUGUGCUGUGCUACAUAAUCGGCGCGUCUGGUGCCGGCAAGUCGUCUUUGCUCGACGCCUUCCUCAGUCGGCCGUUUGAGCCGCUUUAUCGGCCGACUAUCAAGCCGCGACGAGCAGUGAACAGUGUUGAGCUCCAAGGUGGAAGGCAGUGCUACCUUAUCCUGGAGGAGCUCGGGGAGCUGGAACCGGCCAUACUCGAGAACCAGGCCAAGCUGGAUGCAUGCGAUCUCAUUUGCUAUGCCUACGACUCGUCUGACCCAGACUCGUUUUCACACAUUGUGUCGCUACGACGGCGCUUCCCCCAGCUUGACGACCUACCCGCCAUAUACACAGCGCUCAAGGCCGACCGGGACAAGACGAUGCAGCGGAGUGAGCUGCAACCCGAUACGUACACAUCAAGCCUGAAUAUGAGCACGCCCCUGCACGUGAGCGUCACGUGGGACAGCAUCAGCGAACUCUUCGUUGCCCUCGCCGAGGCGGCCACAAACCCCAGCACAGCGUUCCCGAAGAGCGAGGAGCCGCCACCGGACAGAACUAGCCUGUACGUCGCCCUCGGCGCUACAGCCUGCGCCGCUGCUGCCGCCUUUAUGAUAUGGCGUCGGUCUACCAACUCGAACUGA